AUGGUUGUACUUCCGUAUUGUUAUGUCCGCUGCUGUAAGGCUUUAAGCAAAAAUCCGAAUUAUACCAAGACAAUCCACCGGUCGUUUUACAAGAAUUUUGUAAACAAUGAUGAUACGUUUCUUAGUCGUUUAAAAAACAUUUACAAAUCGAAACUCUUACCUCUCGAAAAAAAAUAUUUGUUUCAUGAGUUUCAUUUGCCAGCAUUAACCGAUCAAGAUUUUGAUGCAAAGCCCAUGGUACUAUUUGUCGGUCAAUAUUCUACUGGAAAAACAUCAAUGAUAAAAUAUCUAAUUGAAAAAGACUAUCCUGGAAUUCGUAUAGGCCCAGAACCAACUACAGAUAAAUUUAUGGUGGUCAUGGGUGGUGAUAAUGAACAGUCUAUACCUGGUAAUGCUCUUGUAGCUGACCCAUCUAAAAAUUUUUCUGACUUGUCACGGUUUGGAAAUAAGUUCUUAAAGAAACUUAGUUGUGGAAUCGUGAAUACUCCGUUAUUGAAAUCUAUCACAUUUGUUGAUACUCCUGGUAUAUUAUCGGGAGAAAAACAAAGAGCACAACGAGAGUAUAGUUUUAAUGACACUUUAAAUUGGUUUGCUGAGCGGGCAGAUAUGAUAGUAUUGACUUUUGAUGCUAAUAAAUUGGAUAUCUCAGAUGAAUUGAAAGCAGCCAUUGACGUAUUAAAAGACCACGAUAGCAAAUUAAGAAUUAUUUUAAAUAAAGCAGAUACAAUUGAUGCAAGAGCAUUGCUAAGAGUUCAUGGUGCACUCAUGUGGGCUCUCGGAAAAACCAUUAACUGUCCAGAAGUUCCUAGAGUGUAUGUUGGUUCAUUUUGGGAUCAACCUUUUAAAAAUGAUAUUAAUCGGAUUAUGUUUAACGAAGAAGAAAAUGACUUAUUUCAAGAUAUGAAAUGUCUUCCCCACAAUUCAGUCAUAUCCAAAUUGAAUAAUAUUGGAAAGAGAGCAAACACAGCAAUUGUACAUGCAUAUAUAAUAAGCGAGCUUAAAUCACGUUUACCACUCUUAUCAAGGAUUAUAAAUAAAACUUAUCAUCAAAAUGAGUUAAUAAAUAAUUUGGAAAAUGUCUAUUGUGAUAUCCAAAAUAAGUACAAAAACCUUAGUGUAGGUGAUUUUCCAGAUGUUGAAAAUAUGAAGGCAAUGUUAAAAGAAAAAGAUUUUUCUUCUUUCAACUCUUUAGAUCAAAAAUUAAUCGAUCGUGCAUCAAAUUUAAUGGAUGGAUUCAGUAUGGAAAUGGCAAUGAAUGAUGUAGAAGUGCAAAGUAAUAUUAUUCCAAGUAAAAAUGAUAUUUCAACUCCUUUUAAUGCAACAACUGAAGGAAUUGAUGAAGGCAAAUUUGACCAAAGAUGGAUUGUUGAUUAUUACAGGGAACCUUUUGACAAAAUUUUUAAUAAUCUGGUAAAGAAUGAUGGCAAAGUAGUUCGUACGGCUGCUAAAGAAGAAUUUCUACAGUCAAAAUUACCAGAUUCAGUACUAUCCAAAAUAUGGAAAUUAGCUGACCAAGAUGGAGAUGGUCUUUUGGAUUCUGACGAAUUUGCUUUAGCUAUGUAUUUAAUCAAGAUUAAAUUAGAGGGUUCGGAAUUGCCUGACACUUUACCAAAACAUUUGAUACCCCCAUCAAAAACUAAUAAUUCUUUAAAUAUCAUUCCUAAAGAUUUAGGCCCUUGA